UCAAAUAAGCAAACUCGAUGAACAGGCGACCAGUGUGUGAUGGCAAUGGCAAUGAGUUCUCUAUCUGUUGUGGCUUUCGUUUUCUUUUUAGGAAACUUUAUGUUUCCUCUAGAUUCAGUCCAAGCUACUCCAUUCAAGCACCUUGGUUGUUACAAGGACUCUUGGAAAGCAAGAGCGCUUCCUGAUUUCCUAGGAAAGUUUCCCAAACACCUGGCAACGAAGAAGUGUGCCGCUCUUGCAAAGAAGGGAGGUUAUACAACCUUUGCUGUCCAAAGUGGCGGAUUUUGCUUCUCUGGUAUUYCUGCUGACCACACGUACAGCAUGUAUGGACGAGCGAACAACUGCCAGGGCGGAGUUGGAGGAAGAUGGGCCAAUGACGUCUACCAGUUUCCUCUUUACAUUCUCCUUAAGAAGCUGAGAGACAAUUAUACGAACCUGCGGACUAAAACCAACUUGCAAGACAGAAAACUUGGAAAUCUGCGACAACAAUAUCAGUCACUUUCAAGCAGGGAACGGUCAUUACAUCAUCGCCUUUCUGCCUUAAACAAACGAGUGAGCCGUGCCCGUGUCGUUUGCUACAACAGAGCAACCAGUUGGCAGCCCUAUUCGAACGCCCGAAUCAAAUACCUUGACAGACACCAAGUCACUUGUCCUUAUGGCCAGUUCGUGGCAAGUUUCUAUCUCACAAGAACAGCUGACAGGGACAACGCCCCUGUUCGGUAUAUCUACCGAUGCUGCAAGUUUGUUCUCUGAUGAACUAUCAGAGUUUCAAGUUUCAAUUGAUUAAGCAUUUGAGAUGCAUACUAUGGCUAAAAUUGUAUUAAACUAAAAAAGUGAAAAGAAAAGCCAUUCUGGGAAACUACUUGUUUGAACUUAAGGUGAAAGAAUAAUAAAUACUAACUUUGGUGUU